AGCUGUUUGUCAACAUAGCAAACAGUUUGCGCCACUUCGCUGAAAAUAGCAUGUAAACACGACGAGGUCGGGGAACUGAGAUAUCUGAGAUAAGGUUACUGCGGUUUCAUGACUAUUGUGCGGGAGGCGUUGACACGAGAUGGAUGAGAACCUGGUGAUCGUGACAGGAUUUGGACCAUUCGUUGGUCAUGAGUUGGUGAACGCCAGUUGGGAAGCGGUUCGUCUGCUUCCAGACAGCCUCGAGCACGACGGCAAAACGCAUAACAUUGAGAAGGUGCUGAUUCCUGUGCAAUACGAUGCAGUGGACGAGAAGGUGGACGAAAUCUGGAAAAGGAAUCCGAAGCUCGUCAUCCACUGUGGAGUAAAUGGCAAUGCAAAUUGUAUACACCUCGAGCAAUUAGCAUACAACAACCAAUUUUGCCGUCCAGAUUUCUCGGGAAAAAUCCUUAAUAGUCCGUCAGUGUGUCUGGAUAAUGCAGGAUCCUGUUGUGAUACUAUUUCCACCGAAAUCGAUGUCCAAUCUAUAGUCGAUAAGUUGUUUCCCGACACCGAGGCAUGUAAUCCGCUUUGUAUCUGCUCGCGUGACGUUGGAAACUACCUCUGUGGGUAUAUUUACCUAAAAUCACUGGACAGAGAUAAGAAACGUUGUCUGUUCGUGCAUGUACCACCGAUCGACCAACCAUUUUCAUCGCAAACAACAAGUGAAGCAAUUCGCCAAAUUAUUGAGGAAUGUUUGCACCAGCUGAAGAAAACUGACUAGAUCGGUGGACUUUCUUCGGGAACAUUGAGUGUUUCAUGCUUAAGCUUGGUACUAAAUGCCAAUAUUUUGUUUUUUACUGAAAUUAACAUUAUUUUUUUCUAUUAUAUGAAUUAUUUGAUA